AUGUGUGAACCACAAGAUAAAGUCAUCAUAAAAAAGUUCACAGAAGAAAAGCUUGGCCAGGCAGAGAAGACGGAAUUGGAUGCUCACUUAGAGAACCUCCUUAGCAAAGCUGAAUGUACCAAAACCUGGACAGAAAAAAUAAUGAAACAAACAGAAGUGUUAUUGCAGCCAAAUCCAAAUGCCAGAAUAGAAGAAUUUGUUUAUGAGAAACUGGAUAGAAAAGCUCCAAGUCGUAUAAACAACCCAGAACUUUUGGGACAGUAUAUGAUUGAUGCAGGGACUGAGUUCGGACCGGGAACAGCUUAUGGUAAUGCCCUUAUUAAAUGUGGUGAAACGCAAAAACGAAUUGGAACAGCAGAUAGAGAACUGAUCCAAACGUCAGCCUUAAAUUUCCUCACUCCUUUAAGAAAUUUUAUAGAGGGUGAUUACAAAACAAUUGCGAAGGAAAAGAAACUAUUACAAAACAAGAGACUGGAUUUGGAUGCUGCAAAAACCAGACUGAAAAAGGCAAAAACUGCUGAUACUAGAGCUUCACAACUAAACUCAGCUCGGCUUGAAGGAGAUAACAUUAUGGUAAAUUUCUCUUACAUGCUCAACAUCCUGCAUGUAAAAUGGCUGAAGAUUUGGGCAGAGGAAGUGACAAAAUCUGAACAGGAAGUAAGAAUAACUCAAAGUGAAUUUGAUCGCCAAGCAGAGAUUACCAGACUUCUGCUAGAGGGAAUCAGCAGCACGCACGCCCAUCACCUUCGCUGUCUGAAUGACUUUGUAGAAGCCCAGAUGACUUACUACGCACAAUGUUACCAGUACAUGUUAGAUCUCCAAAAACAAUUGGGAAGUUUUCCAUCUAAUUAUCUUUCUAACAACAAUCAGUCACAUCUACCACCUACUUUGUCAAGUAUAAUUGGCCCUUCUGGCAUGGCUUCAACAAGUGGUCUCGUAAUCAGCUCUGCUAGCAACCUCAGUGACCUUAAGGAGUGUACUGGCAACAGGAAGGCCAGAGUUCUCUAUGAUUAUGAUGCUGCAAACAGUAGUGAAUUAUCACUUCUGGCAGAUGAGGUGAUCACUGUGUUCAGUGUCAUUGGAAUGGAUUCAGACUGGCUAAUGGGGGAAAGGGGAAAUCAGAAAGGCAAAGUGCCCAUUACCUACUUAGAACUGCUCAAUUAGCUAGGUGGACUGUGGAAGGAUUACAUAUCAUGACACCAUAUUUAUAUACCUACCAUUAACUCUAAAGUAAGCAGGUUUAUGCAUCUUCGUGUUAAUGUCUUAAGACACUAAAAAGAAAAUACCAGCCACAGAAACAAGCCUUUCUGCCAAUAAAGUUGCAUGGUAAAUUUUUCAUUACAAACAUUUUUAUGUUAGCGCUUCAUGCCAAGAAUGUUUUCUUACAAAAUUCUUUCUACUGAGAUCUCACUAACAAACAGCUUCCACUUUUGAGCUCUAAUUUAAAACUGAACUGUUUUCUACUGAAUUUUUCAUUAAUGGCAAGCUUUUUCUUUUAUGUUAAAUAAAUUUAUUGUGAAUGGA